CCUGCGCAUGGGGAGCUGGUUUCCGCUGCGCCCCCCUGGAAUUGUGGGAGUUGUGUCUGCUCCCUCGGCUGUCAGUGGGAAGCCGAAGGCUCUGUGCUCCAGGGAUCACAUUUGGCGAGCUUGAGGACCUAUAUGUGGUGCUGGGGAUCAAACCUGGGUCAGCCUCAUGCAAGGAUGGCUCUUCUGAGUCCGCUACUUGGGUUGCUCAUGGUCUCCUGUUUUACCUUUUGCCUCAGUCAUCAGAACCAGGAGUUUGCACUGACCAACCCAGAAAAGAGCAUCACCAAAGAGUACGAGAGAAAGGAAACCAAAACAGAGGAAGAGCUGGAACCUGAGGUCCUGGAGGUGUUUCAUCCGACGCAUGAGUGGCAGGUCCUGCAGCCAGGUCAGGCCGUACCUGCUGGGUGCCAUGUGCGAAUGAAUCUCCAGACUGGGGCCAGAGAAGCAAAGCUUUAUGACAACAAGGAUACAUUCCAAAGUCACUCAAAAGGGUCGAAAAAAGGCAAAAGGUUGGACAUUGACACCAACACCUACACAUCUCAGGACCUCAAGAGUGCAUUGGCAAAAUUCAAGGAAGGGGUGCAGAUGGAGAGUUCAAAGGAAGACAAGGUGAGGCAGGCCAAGGUUAAACAGCUCUUCCGACCCAUCGAGGAGCUGAAGAAGGACUUUGCAGAACUGAAUGUUGUCAUCGAGACAGACAUGCAGAUCAUGGUACGACUAAUCAACAAGUUUAAUAGUUCCAGCUCCAGCCUGGAAGAGAAGAUUGCUGCACUAUUUGACCUUGAAUAUUAUGUCCAUCAGAUGGAUAAUGCACAGGACCUGCUUUCCUUUGGUGGUCUUCAAGUGGUGAUCAAUGGACUGAACAGCACAGAGCCUCUAGUGAAGGAAUAUGCUGCCUUUGUGCUGGGAGCAGCCUUUUCCAGCAACCCCAAAGUCCAGGUGGAGGCCAUUGAGGGGGGUGCCCUGCAGAAGCUGCUGGUCAUCCUGGCCACGGAGCAGCCUCUUGCCACCAAGAAGAAGGUGCUGUUCGCGCUGUGCUCACUGCUGCGGCACUUCCCCUACGCACAGCAGCAGUUCCUGAAGUUGGGGGGCCUGCAGGUGCUGCGGAGCUUGGUGCAGGGCAAGGGCUCCGAGAUGCUGGCCGUACGUGUGGUCACACUGCUCUACGACCUGCUCACUGAGAAGAAGUUCGCGGAGGAGGAAGCUGAGCUGACCCAGGACGCAGACCCUGAGAAGUUGCAGCAGUACCGGCAGGUGCAGCUCCUGCCCAGCCUGCAGGAGCAGGGCUGGUGCGAGAUCACAGCCCGCCUGCUGGCCCUGCCUGAGCAUGAUGCCCGUGAGAAGGUGCUGCAGACGCUGGGCACCCUCAUGACCACCUGCCGGGACCACUACAAGCAGGACCUGGAGCUUGGCAGGAUGCUGGCCAGCCUGCAGGCUGAGUACCAAGCCCUGGCCGCGCUGGAACUGCAGGAGGGCGAGGACAAGGGCUACUUCCAGGAGCUGCUGGACACCAUCAGGACUCUUCGUUUGGCGCUGAGCUAAGACCCACCCCAGCCACUGGCAGUGUGUGCCUGUGGGGCUGAGGGUUGCCAGCCUGGCCUGCAGGGGUGGGUGGGGCAGGCUGGAAGAAAAGAUAAGGACACCAGCUGGGCAUUAAAUGGAUGCUUCGAAGACA